GUUGAAAAUGACGAAGCCAUUCUCCACCAGGGGUGGCGUAUUUUUACUGCUAUGUAGUGCCAUUUCUUUCGUUCCCAACUCUGGAGCAUUUUCUCCCACGCAGAAUAGCCGUCAAUUUACUCGAACCGAAACCCAGACGUCAAUGGCAGAUGGGAAGCGUGAAAUUGAAUACAACUCGGAGCGCAUUAGAAACUUCAGCAUCAUCGCUCACAUUGAUCACGGAAAGUCGACACUUGCGGAUCGUAUCCUUGAAUCUACUGAAACAGUAGCGACAAGAGAUAUGGAAGAUCAGUUAUUGGACAACAUGGACAUCGAACGAGAGCGUGGAAUUACCAUCAAAUUGCAAGCAGCUCGUGUUCUCUACAAGAGCAGAGUGGACGGAGAAAUCUACACUCUGAAUCUUUGCGAGUAAGUGAAGAAAUUGAUUCAGGUGUUAACUUUCUCGCUGGAAAAAGACAAUUUGCACGUUCUUACCUUCUGUCCUUUCUCGGUGAUCACAGCACGCCGGGACACGUAGAUUUUUCGUACGAAGUUUCUCGGAGUCUAGCAGCCUGCGAAGGUGCGUUGCUAGUUGUGGAUGCUUCUCAAGGAAUUGAAGCACAGACACUUGCCAACGUGUACCUAGCGCUUGAAAACGAUCUUGAGAUCAUUCCCGUAUUGAACAAGAUCGACUUGCCAGCCGCUGAUCCCGACAGAGUAGCCGAAGAAAUCGAAGAUACAAUUGGCUUGGACUGCACGGAAAUUGUGCACGCCUCCGCGAAAGCAGGAAUUGGAAUUGAUGAUAUCCUAGAGUCGAUUGUUCAACAGGUGCCCCCACCAGUAGCGGACGUCAACAAACCAUUUAGAGCUCUCAUCUUCGAUUCCUACUAUGAUUCGUAUCGUGGUGUCAUUGUGUUUUUCAGAGUGGUCGAUGGGCAAGUGAAAAAGGGAGACAAAAUUCGUUUCAUGAACUCGGCAGCAGAACACGAAGUGACCGAGGUUGGAGUCAUGACUCCUCAGCAAGUUGUUGUGGAUGAAUUGCGAGCCGGAGAAGUCGGAUAUAUUUGCGGAAGCAUCAAAGAUGUAUUAGAUGCUAGAGUGGGAGACACCAUGUGCCUGUCAUCAGACUACAAGUCUGGCAUGGCAUCUGGAGACGAGAUCGAGCCUCUGCCUGGUUAUGCCGAGUGUACGCCUGUAAGUAUGAUAUUCAAUAACUGAAGAAACGCUCGCGGUCUUAGUCUUUCCAGCUUCCGUUCACUUUUCUUACUUUCAUCCUCUCUCACUCGGUAUGGAUAACACAACGAUGGUUUGUUUACAGAUGGUUUAUGCUGGACUCUUUCCCGUGGAUGCUAGUGACUACGAAACGUUAAGAGACUCACUCGGAAAAUUGCGUCUGAAUGACGCCUCUCUGUCAUAUGAACCCGAAAACAGUGGAGCGAUGGGAUUUGGAUUUCGAUGCGGCUUUUUGGGACUUCUCCACAUGGAAAUCAUUCAAGAGCGUCUAUCCAGGGAAUACAAUCUUGAUCUUAUUAUGACUGCUCCAAGUGUGGUGUAUAAAAUCAAUCACAACGGAAAGGAAACGACAAUUGAUGCACCUAGUAAAAUGCCUGAUCUGACACGUGACCAUGAGACCCUUGAACCAUAUGUGAGAAUGGAAAUUCUAUCUCCCUCUGAGUACAACGGGAAAAUCAUGGAGUUGUGUCAAGAACGACGAGGUAUUCUAAUGGAUAUCAAGUAUCUGACUCAAUCUCGUUCUACUAUCAUUUACGAACUCCCACUUGGAGAAGUCAUCACUGACUUCUUCGACCAGCUCAAAAGCAGGACACAAGGAUACGCCAGUAUGGAAUAUUCGAUCAUAGAUUAUCGAGCAAGCGAUUUGGUUCGUUUAGAUGUAAAGAUCAACUACGAGCUAGCACCGGCCAUGGCUUGUAUCGUGCACCGGGAUAGUGCACAAAGUGUGGGUCGUAAACUGUGUGCAAGCCUUAAAAAUCUGAUCCCGAGGCAAAUGUUCAAAGUGCCAAUUCAGGCUUGCAUUGGGGUGAAGGUAAUUGCUUCGGAGCAUAUUUCUCCAAUGCGAAAAGACGUCCUUGCAAAAUGUUAUGGUGGCGACAUUACGCGCAAGAAGAAGCUUCUGCAAAAACAAGCGAAAGGAAAGGCCAAAAUGAAGUCGAUCGGAAAGGUCAAUGUUCCACAAGAAGCAUUCAUGGCCGUUUUGAAAAUUAACAGCGAGUAAAGAAGUAUUUUUGUUGCGACAUUUUUUAUUUCAAAGAAAGGUUUUAAAAAUGA